GUGGAUGCACAGCCGUCUUUAAAAGGGAAUAAACACUUUGAGAACGAGACAAAAGCAGACUUAGCCUCCAGCAAUUAAAAGCAUAGGGUCCAUGCUACCUGUUACAAUUUCAAUUCAUCAGGAACAGUUUAGAGUGCUUCGAUCGUUGGGAAAAGAACUUGUUUGCUGGACUUUCUAACCACCAAGAUCUUCGUUAGAGAAGGCAAAAUGUCUUCACGGUUGAUCUUGCUAUACUAGCUCUCUGGAGUUUUCUGAUGGUGACCUGUUGCCUUGCACAGAAGAACAGGGUCAAAAAUGAAGAUCAAGCAAUGGCGUAUCUCAAUAAGUAUGGAUAUCUGGACAUGAAAGGUGGCAUGCCGAAUUCUCAAGAGAUGAAGACAGCUCUCGAGUAUUUCCAAAGAUUUGCAAAUAUAACAAUGACAGGAUGCCUAGACAGUGAGACUAUGGCGAUGAUGAACACACCUCGUUGUGGAAUGGUGGACAUGGACUCCCCUGCCGACAUGAUGAGGAAGAAGCGAUAUGCCUUAGGCAGCAGGUGGUCCAAGACAGAACUCACUUAUAGGAUCAUCAACAGGACCCCAGACCUGCCUGCUAACGAGGUUGACCGUAUCAUUACCGAGUCUAUCGAGAAAUGGGCUGAUGCAUCUGGUCUUACAUUCACGCUGGUAAAGUCAGGAAACGCAGACAUCUUGAUCAGUUUUGCUCCAGGCAGCCACGGGGACGACAAUCCAUUUGACGGACCCGGUGGUGUUCUUGCACAUGCGUAUUACCCCUCCUCAAAUGCAAUUGGCGGCGACGCACACUUCGACGAAGAUGAACGUUACACGGACGCUAGUUUUUCAGGAACAAAUUUGGAAUGGGUCGCCGUGCACGAGUUCGGGCACAGUCUUGGACUGGGCCAUUCCCAGAUUGAGGGCGCUGUGAUGUACCCGUAUUACACAGGCUACGUACCCAACUUCCAGCUAAAUAGUGAUGACAUCGCCGGUAUUCAAGCCCACUAUGGCGAGAAUGUUGGAGAACCUGAAAACACGCCCUCUACGCCGGUGGAUAAGUGUAUGACUUCAAUAACACUGGCAACAAGAACGCUAGAUGGCUCCACCUAUUUGGGAAAUGCAACGCACUUGUAUCGUCGAACAGAUGGUUCGAUUCCGGACGGUUAUCCGAAGGUGAUUGGUAAUGAGUUUCUCGGUCUUCCAACUGCUCUGGAUGCAGCUUUGUAUUACCCUCGUAAUGGUAAAACGUAUUUCUUUAAGGGAAGUCAAUACUGGAGGUUCCGUAACCAGAGAAUGGAUAACGGUUAUCCGAGACCCAUGUCAAACUGGCGCGGAGUGCCGAAGGACAUUUCUUCGGCUUUCAUUUGGAGCCGUAAUGGCAAGAUAUAUUUCACAAAAGGAGACGAGUAUUACCGCUACACCCCUGGUUAUGGAGUCACCUCACACUACCCUCAACCGCUCAGCCAAUGGGACGGGCUCCCAAGCCACGGAGUAGAUGCGGCGUUCCAGUGGACCAACGCCCGCACUUACUUCUUCAAAGGCUCUGAGUAUUACCGCUUUAACGACAUAACCGAGUCUGUUGAUGACGGCUAUCCUAUCAACACGGCUACCGCGUGGCUGUGAUGCGAUUCCGAACAGCUGGCCAUCGGCCCUACAACAACGCCCACUGCCGGAGACGAGGUGAUCGUGAUGGCACCGUUUAUGGUUGCCGUUCGCUUCUCGAGGAUCGCUGCCCUCUUCUUUUCAUUUCAAUAACUUAGAUGAUAUGUAUGGAUGUCAAUCAAUCUAUCAUUUCCAUUGUGUGUUACUUCCUGAGUAACAGGUCCCACACUGACCGCCUUGGUGGGAUUACCUCUCAGGUUCAAUAAAUAACAUGUAAUUAAAAAAAAUUAGCAAUUUUCUAGGUGUAAACUUUUUAACCUUUGUUCAAUAUCGGCUGGUGACUUGUAACGCUAUUUAUAGCGCCUACCUAAUCCAGCUAUGCACUAUUAACAGUGUCGAUGAUUAUAUAAGUACACUGUAAAAAAGAAUUUGUUCAUUGGUAAUUUUUACGUAUUUUAUCCAUGUAGAAUUUACUUGAAAACAU